AUGAGCGUGAUACUUAUUAUCGAGGGAGCAGCCCCUCCUCCAGCUCAAGUUCGAGUAAGAGAGCGUGAUCAUGAAGAGUCUAUUGACUUCAGUACCAGAAGAGGUCCAGAAAGACCUCGUAGACGUUCUUUGGAUUUCUUACGAGAUGAUUAUGCACGAUCAGAACCAGGCCAAAUGGUUGUGAGAGAACGGGACACGGAAACAUUUAAUGACAGACCACUUGUGCGAAGACCACGAUCACCUUCUCCCCCACGUUUUCGUGAGAGAAUCGUGAGAAGUGAAGUUGGAAGACGAGAGCCUUCUCCACCAUCCGAGAGAGUCCGAACACGAAUUGUUGAGAGAGAAAAGGAAACUCAGAGAUCUCCAUCACCCCCACCACAACUUCGCGCCCGAGUGAUCGAGACAAGGCAAAGAUUUAGGGAGCGAUCCCCAUCACCACCAGCACCCUCUCCAGUUCGCAUUCGCGAGAGAGUCAUUGAGCGAGAGCGAGAGAGAGAAAGAGAAAGAUCACCUUCCCCACCACCGCCACAAGUGGAGAGAAUUCAUACCCGAAUUGUUGAAAGAGAGAGAGAAAGAGAACCAUCCCCAACCCCAUCUCCCCCACCUACCCCACCACCCGAGAUUAUUCGAGCACCACCCAUUCACCGAGAAAUUAUUACACAUCAUCGCCACAUUGAUCAUGGUUUCGAAAGAGCUCCCGCACCAAGCCCACCCCCACCUCCUCGUCGUGCUCACACCCCCGCACCACCAAAAACCGAGAAGACCGAAAUUGAUAUCUAUCGCUCCGGCAACAGCACCGAAGUUGAUAUUACAAAAACAAAGACUACUACUCGCGAACAGGCUAAAUCGCCUCCCCCACGAAGAGAAUAUUAUGAUGAUUCCAUAUUAUUCGAACAAGAGCGUGAUAAGUUACGUGUCCGAGAUACUCGUAUAGAUCUUAGCAGAAGAAGAAGUUUGAGUGCUCGCCCUGAGAAGAAGUUGGAUCUCGACAUUCGAGAUGAAGAUGAGGCUGAUUUCUACGCUCAUAAAGUUCAAGAAAGAGCCGUUAUUGGUGAAGCAUUUAAUGGUGCCACAAAAGAUUGGACAAUCGUUGAUGUUCCUCCUGGAACUGAGAGGAUCACAUUAGAUGGUGUUGGAGGUGCAAGUCAAGAAAUCACUUGGCAGAGAUACAAUGGUGUACGACGAAGCAAGUUCAAUCCUGAGCGUGAACGCAAGGCAGAAGAACCCGAACGUAUGGAGAAAAAGAUUGAGUUCCGCGAACGGGAGAGAGAGGGUCCUGAUCGCACUACUGAGCGUAUCGAGAUCCGUGAGCGUCAAAGUGGUGCCCCAUCACCACGAGAAUCUUCAACUACCGUUGAUAUCGAAAUCUCAAGCAAUCGUAAACCACGAAGCCAUGCUAGUGGACCAAUAUACGAGAGAGAAAGAGAAUAUGAACGUAUCGAAGAAAGCUCUGAUCGUCAAGUUGGCUUCCCAUUACCUCGUGGUCCACCAAAGAGCAGAAUGGGUGAUUUAUGGACUGAAAUCACAAAGGACUUGGUAGCUAAAGAAGCUAUCGAGGAACUUGGUUAUGAUUAUGAAGAAACAGAAUUCUUCUACUACAUUCUCCAAUAUCUCCGAUACCAAGACGUCGAAGAACUCGUCGCCCUUUCGGAAACCGUCCGUCGCGAACGUCAAGAUCGUAUCCGUGAAAUCGAACGUGAACGUGUUCGUAUUGAACGUCGUGAGAAAGAACGCGAUGAUUGGGAGCGUGCAGAGAGAAGAAGAGAGAGAGACAGUGGAUAUGAUGAUGAGCGAAUCAUCGAAAGAGAAAUCAUCUGGGAUGAUUCCAGAAGACGUGAACGACCUAGCAGACGUUGGUAA